AUGAGCUGGUUCAAGCGGGAGCGCCCGACGGCGCCGAUCCACAUCCCUGACCCCCGUCGCCCAUCCCUUUCCUUCGUCUUCAAGUCUCCUGAGGUCUUAUGCAGCUCGCUGCUGAUGGCAGUCAGCUACUACUUCCUUAUAGUAGUCACCGGGAGCGCGUCGAUAGACGGUCCCGAGGGACUCUGGCAGACGUUUGGCCGAAAGAGCCGUACCCGCCUGCAGAGCCGCGCGUCGGCGUUGCUGCCAGAUUCUCCGCUGGUUAUGAGUUUCGACAUGGUGAUGGCGGUGCUGUGCAUCUUCACCGUGAAUAGUCUCCUCGCCGCCUGCAGCCGAGUCCUGGCGACGGAGCAGCGCCGCGUAGAGGAGGAGGCCCAGGCGGCGUGGAGGGCGGCAGUCACGAACCCUGAAACACGCCAUGAACAGCUCGAAAAAGAUGCGCAGAAGCUCGCUGAGAAGGUCAAGCUCUGGCAAGAAAACGACGAGCGCCGCAAGACUGGCCAGACUGUCCGCCGCGAGCGCAUCAAGAAGCUCGACGUCAUGGCGGACGAAGUGCUGACAAACAUCAUCAUCAUCAUCUCAGUCGCCCUGAGCCUCGGAGUCGCCUACUCGAUCGCCACGCAGCCACCGAACCAAAUUCGCGGUUUGGGCAUGGGCGGGAUGCUGAUAGUUCUGAUCGGCGGCAUCGUCGUCUGCGGACUUGACCGCUACCUCAACAGCAUGCGACACUACUGCAACUACGUGAAUUUGCUCUGUAUAGCUUCCCUGCUGGUGCUGGCCGCCCGCGCAAGCGUGUUAGCCAAGUGA